AUGAGCUAUCAGAUACACUUGAGGCCGGUGGUCAACUGGGACGCAAAGCCCUUACCACCACUCCCACUCGACCCUGGGCGCUCUCGCAGGCCUCACAAACCAGCAUUCAACAAUGACACCGAAAAGUCAAUAGCGAGAGCGCAUAGGGGGGGCAAGGUCUUCCCUCAGGAGCUUGACAUCAGCAAAGUUCUGGAGGCCGACUCUCGUGUCGUCGUGGACAAGCCUAGGCGGGCACGCCAAACCUGCCAAUCCCCAUCAGUAGCCAGCGUGCCCAAAGACUUCAUGUCAGUGAAGAGGCCAGAGGACCAAGACCGUGACAUAGCCGGACACUCGCGCCAAAUGUCUGACCAGUCGACGAAUCGCUUCAUCCGCAGCACACCCCUACCUUCAGCCAUUACUUCAGUAGAGGACCUAAGUCUCCCGCCGAAGGUUAGACAAAUCAUUGGCAUUGAUAGUCCUCGCGUGGCAAGAACAACACCAUGGAACCCGACUUCGACACAGGCUGCCCCAAACUCGUCAACGUUGCCUCGCCCGACAUCGACUGCGACUGCGUAUAGCCAGGCGAGUGGUCAUAGACGGGAUGUCGACAUGUUAUUCCACAUGGAGGAAAUCGUGGAGGAACAGGGAAAGGCCGAGGACGAUGAUGAAAUACUUAGGCGUUUGGAUAGCUUGAUCCGCUCGCCUGGAUACGCAGCUAUUCGGUGCCACCCUGACAGCUUGGUAUCACAAUCUAAUUUUUCACUCUCGGCUGCGAAUUCACACGAAGACAUGCCACGGCAACAAACACCAAUGUCCCACCCCGAACAGCCACCGCAAGACCAGAGGAGCAGUCGAGAAAUGUACCACGACUUGGUAGUAGAGUUGGCCCAGAGCGCACCGGCCGCAUUACCACCACCGCCAAAGCCCCCGACUGAGCUUGGCGGAGGCCUAUCGGACUCGUCGUCCUUGCAUCACCGUCGACAUCGCUCUACACCAUCGAAACAGGCAGGCCAAUUGCACCGCGGAAACGCAUCGUGCCCGCAGCUCAGCAGACCAACGACAAGAUCUCCGCACAUCAGUGUCUUCGAUCACGAAUCUUCGGACUCGGAAUCAGAUUCAGACUCGAAGCCUCUCUGGUCGCCCAAAUUCGCUUUCUUGGGACGAAGACCAAUUUCGAAGCCGAGCAAGCGGCGAUGA